AUGCACCCUUCGCACGGGCAGCACGCCGCGUUGCAUGCCGGGCCACCACCGGCGUCCAUGUUCAUGCCGACGGCAUCGCAUGAGUCCCACACACCGAUGAUGGCGUUACAUCAAGCGCCGCCGAUGCACCCUGACGACACCCCGACCAGGCCGCCGCAUCUCCACCCGGACGGGCUCCUCAAUCUUCGCGCGCUGCACGGCGACGACACGAUCAACGGGGAAGUGACGUUUCCGACGGGCCGGGACGCCAAGUACUUUUUGCAGGACUAUUGCUUCAACCAGAACAAAGCGAUGAAGCUUCGUGUGGGCAAGAACAGCGGCAACUCGAAAACGUUUGUGUGCACGUCCGAGCCGCACUGCGAGUGGCGCGUUGUCGCGACCAAGAGCAAGCGCAAGAACGAAGACGCGUGCUUUUACUUUUCCACGAUCCACAAUAUCCACUCCCCCGGUUGUGUGUCGACGCGAAAGCCGUCCGAGCGGCAGCACAUGCUCCUGACGUCGUCGUCGUUGCCGUACAACGUGCUGGGCGACCCUCUGCACGCCCCCACCGAGCACACCCAUCCCGUGGCGAAAAAACCCCGCCGCAUCAACCCAGUGGACAAGGUCGUCAAGACCCUGGUCGACUCGAACGUCGACCGCCACAAGCUGUCCAUCAAGGCAAUCCAACAUUUGUUUCAGAGUGUUCAUGGCCAUUCCAUCAGCGCCCACACCGCCACUCGAGCCAAGCAGACCUUUUUCGGUUUGACACAGCAUCCAGUGCCACCCGCGCCUUCCUCCCAGCCGCCGCAGCAUUACAAAGCCAGACACCCCAGCGGCGGCGCGACGCCCGACCUGCGUCCGGCAUUCCAGCUUCGCGACUUGCACGAGCUUGUCGAGGAAUCCAAAAUGGUAGAGGCCGCGUUCGGCCGCGCGGCGGCGGUGGGCGAUUUGUCGGCUGUACAAACUCUGCUUCGAAACGUCGACGUCGUUGCAUCGAGCGGCCACCAUGCGCUUUUGGCCGCGACCAAGGGCCAGCACUUGAGUGUUGUCGACUGCUUGUUGAGCCAUGGCGCAAACACCGAAGCGAUAGACGAGCACGGUGCGACAGCGCUGAUGGUGGCCGUGCACAUGGGCCAUUUUCACAUUGCCAAGUGCCUUCUUGACCAUGGCGCGCGUGUGGACACGACCGACGACACGUCCAAGACGCCGUUGAUGGUGGCUGCGCGGAAUGGCCAUUUGAAGCUCGUCAAGCUACUGUGCAAGCGCCAGGCUGCCGUCGACAUGGCCGACGAAGACGAUAACACAGCGCUUCUGCUCGCCACGCAACGCGGCCACACGGACGUCGUCAACUUUUUGCUCAAGAAAGGCGCGAAUCGACACGUUCAGAACUUGGACGGGCAAGAUGCCGUGUCAGUCGCCGCCGCACUCCACAGCUACGAGAUGGGCCAACUCUUUGCCGUGCCUAGCAAUAUCUAACAACCGAAACGAACGCAGCCAUGAAAUGUACACUCGGUCAGGUGGGACAGCACGCACGUUCGCAUG